ACUCCAGACAUUACGGAAGAUGUCUGCGCGCUGAAAGCCUUUUUCGCGGAGUCGCCGCUACACCCGCCACUACGGGCCGCGCUCCCCUGGCCGGUGCGGGCUUUGCGAGAUGGCGGCCGAGAUCCACUCGCGGCCUCAGAGCAGCCGGCCCGCCCUGCUGAGCAAGAUCGAGGGGCACCAGGACGCCGUCAGCGCCGCGCUCAUCAUCCCCAAGGAGGACGGCAUCAUCACCGCCAGCGAGGACAGGUGAGAGGGGGACGCCCCGGAGACCCCUUCCCCGCUGCGGGCGGCGGGAGGCGCUUCCCCCGGGCGCGGGAGGAAGGGUCCCUCCGCUGCCUCCGCACCCACCCCCGGGCCCCGCAACCUAUUUUUUCCUUUGCAGAGACCCGCCUCUUUCCUCCCCCUUUAUGAGGGGAAGCGCAGCUCCUGAGCAUGAGUCUUUUUUUCUUUUGGAGGGGCAGCAAGAAUUGGGAGUGGUUGGCUCUUAUUUUGUCGCCUCCCUUUUUUUUUGCUCUAAAAUCUCUGGGUACAGAAUUGCUAUUGUGGGGCGGAGAGGAAAGGAGGGACACGCCCCCUGCCUUCUUGCUUGGUUUUUUUGGGGUGGCUGGUCUGCCUCUGGUGGUGGUGUUCACACGCCACCACUCACCCACCCCAAACUGGAAUAAAAUCUGCAACAAAAUGUAAGAGCAUUUCUUUAAAGAAGGAAGAAAAAGUUUUUUAAACAGUAGGAUCCUGUGCAAACGCCUACGCGAAGGAGGGUGGUGCUUUUUUCCUUUGAAAAGGGAUACACACACACACACACACACACACAAAUAUAAAUAUAUAUCUCAACACUAAUAUCCACAUGCAGGGCCCUGAAUGACAAUGCUUCCUCCUUCCUCCCCAGAAAAAUUCCCGGGGGAGGUAGCCAUGUUAGCCUGCCACAGCAAACAUGUGAGUUUGUGGUGGGAUGGGAAGCCUUGUGAGACUUAACAGAUUUGUUUCCUUGGUGGACUAGACCAGAACUUGCUUUGUCGGAUGCAGGGAGAGCUGCAUUCUUGGGCAGCGGCUGCACAGGUGGGUUUGCAAAUAGGCACCGGAGAUGGCCCCUCCAAGGCUGUGAAAUGCAAGGGGAAGUGUUGGGGGGGGUCGUUUUAUACCUUGCUGUGCUGCAGAGAGCCCCCAGGACACAUGCAAACUUGCAGGAAAGGAAAGAGCACCCCCCUUUUAUCUCUCUCUCUCUGUUCUCCAUCUUCCAAAGAUUGCCAAGACUGGGGAGUGGUUUUGGCGCAACUUACCCAGUUUAGAUGUCUGGUGUUGAGAGUGUGGGACAUAAGAAUGUAAGAGGAGCCUGCUGGAUCAGGUGAUCUAGUCCAGCAUCCUGUUCUCACAGUGGCCAACCAGAUCCCUCUGGGAAGCUUGCAGGACAUCCACACAAUAACACUCAUCCGUGGGGGAGUGGGAAUCAAAUGGGGUGAUCGGGUAUUAUCGUUGCUUGUCAGGUAUUAAUAACCAAAAGCUGUCUCCGAUCCUACAUCUAUUCAGCCAGAAAAUCUUCCUUUUUUGUUGCAUAGAAGCCACAGCCGAACUGGAUAAAAGGAGUAGUGUCAGGCCUUGGGUUGUGGCAGGCUUUCAUACAUGCACCCCAACUUCUCUAUGUAAGUGAGGGGUGACCUCAGCGGCGACACUGUACAGUGGGGAUGAAAAGAGUCCUGCAUAUGCAUGAAGGCACAUUUUUGUUGUUGGCUACAUUACACAUUUCAUGGGUGAGUUCUGAUGUUUUCAUAGAAUCAUAGAAUUGGAAGGGACCCUGAGGAUCAUCUAGUCCAACCUCCUGCGAUGCAGGAAUAUGCAGCUGUCACCUAUGGGGAUCAAACCUGCAACCUUGGCGUUGUCAGCACCAUGCUCUAACCAACUGACCUGCCCAGGACUCCCAUCUUCAAAUGUAGGUUGUGUGAUGAAGUCCUGGUGAAUCCAGUCUCUAAUGAUACCCAAGGAGAGCCCUUAACCAGUCACCCCAGGAUUGUUUGGAGAGAAGCAAGUGAGAAUUGGAGGGGAUGCGCACAAGUUUGGAUAGACUGGUGACCUUCCCCCAAUGGAGAUAGAGAAACAGACAGGCCAAUUUGCUCAUUCUAUUUGUAGAACUGCCAGAAAACCUUCAGCUUAGGGUAGGAAGGGCAACUUUGAGCUCCCCUGAGACAAAGCUGAGUUCUGUGCAACUUUAAUGCUUGCAUAACCUUAUCUGAUGAUGGAUUAUAUUUCUGAGUUAUUCAGAGAACAAAAUAUAAAGGCUUUUCUGUCCACCCUCCCCAUAUUUCACAUUAUCCCUACAUCAAAACACCCCCUGCCCUCUGUGUGCAUGCACAUGUGUUGGGUGUGUGUGUGUGUGGAGAGAGAAAUGGUUGAAUACUGGCACACUGCCUUGAAGCAGAAAUAGCCCAUCCCAUUUACUCAGUCUGGGGAAGCGUCUGACUGUACAGAAAUACUUUCUUCCUUCUGCUCUCCCCUCACAAAGACAAAGAGCACUCAUAAUCCAGCACAAAUACUUUUUCGCAUUGGUUUGGUUGCUUUAAAAAAACCCAUUUUUGUGUCUCCUUAGCCCCUUCAGUCCUUCUUUGCCCUACUCUGGCCUGUGAAUUUGUUCCUUGAAAUCUUCUCUGACCACUCUUUAUAUUGCACCUUUGAUUUGCAUGGCUGAGUUACAGAGUCAAGUGCUUUAUAGCCAAAGUUUAGAUUAUCUGCUUUGCUUUUGCAUCCUGCUUUGCGCUAACAACAUAAUUUGCACACGUUCUUCAAGUUGUGUAUUGCCAGCUGCCAACCAGCAGGUAACAUCGACGUUCAAAUUGCCUUUGUCUUCAUCGUGAUGGAGCAGAAUUUAUAGAGGAAUAUACAUGUUAGUCUUUUAAGCAGAUGGUGCACAAGAGAGUGCGUAGAGAAAACUGCCCCACAAAGCUGUGCUUAAGCAAUCAAGAUAAUAAUCGGUUUCAUCAGACCAAAGGGUUAAUUGGUGCUAGUUCCGAAAGCCCUUGGGGAUUACAGCAUCUGUUGCACAGGAUUACAUUUAAGCUAAGAGAAGAAUGCAUGUUUCCUCAAAGUGGAUGAACAAUGUGGCUCGGCAACACCAGAUGAAGCAUUUUGAUUCUUGGCUUGUUAUUCCAAGCAGUGCUUGAAGUGUGCAGAGGGGAGGUCACUCUUGUUGUUACUCACACAGGAGGAAAUUCAGCAGCACCCAGCAGUGUCAUGCACCUUGGGGCCUUGGCCGUGUUGAUUUAAAGCAGAGUCUGUCGUGCCCAGCGGAAGGAUGAGGCGUACGUGCUACAUACUCUAUAUUGCUUUAUUUACAGUUCAAAGCUGGUAUAUUACAGAAAGACAUCUUGCCUCUGCAGGAGCAGAAAAAUGCAUCCUCUCUCCUCGACAGCUUGGAGAGAAUCACUCAGUGAAAAACAGGAAACCAGUGUACGUCACAUCCAGUCUCCCUUUCCCGUGAGAAACUCCAACAGUACAGACUGUGGAAUGUAAACACCUGUCUCGUGACAAGCAGAGCUGCACAGUGAAGGAAAGCAGAAACCAACAUCCUCCCCUUUCUGUGAACAUCACUGGGCAGCGUGUUUGCACAAUAUCAGUACAAACCCAACUUCUGCACAUAGGUACAGUGUUGAUCCCUUGAUACAAUCUUGGACAAUACAUCAGCAGGAAUUUCAUUACCUGGCAUAUAGGACACCGUUACGAGUCCCUUCUGAAUACAUUCCCUAGCAUGCUGCAACUUUAAUUGCAAGUGCUUUGUGCUUUGCUUACAACCUUCAGACUUCAGCAAAGCCAAACAUGCUUUGUUGUCCUGGUAAACCUGGAUUGGACAUUUGACAGGAAUUUUCAUAUCUUUGCACAAUUGUACUAACCAUUCACAAUCCUUAAGUGAAUAAGACAGUGCAUUCAGUUCGGCUUCACAAGUACUUAAGCUAACUGUUGUUUGCUUCUUGCAUGACCAAUCAAAAAGACUCUGAUUGUACAUGUAGCAAACUCCAGACGUACUUUUCCUGUCUGUAGCGUCACUUCCAAAACUUGCAUCUGCAAAUAUCUCAAGACCACCAGACUUCUGAUUGUUAAAUCUCAGUCUGUAAUGCAUAGUGCCUUUCAAAUACCGCGCUAUGCGUUUCAGAGCUUUCCAAUCCUUGACACUAGGAUUGUUGACUUGUUUGCUUAGCAAAUUACAGCUAACAGCAAUGUCUGGUCUUGAACAUCUGGCAAUGAAGUUUAGCUUGCCUAGCACACUCCUGUACAGUGUAGUGUCAGAAAAUGCUUCUUCAGUGUCAUCUACCUGAUAACCUGUUGUCAUCGGUGUGUCUACAGGGUUAGCAUCCAUCAGAUUUAGUUUGCUUAACACAUCAGCAAUUUUCCGUGACUGGUGUACUAGAAUGUUACCAUCUUGAUCUCUCUCUAUCUCCAGAGAUAGGUAGUUGUUUACCUCACCAAGAUCUUUCAUGUCAAAGUGCUCUUUCAGUUGAGCUAGGGCGUUAUUGUACAUUGCGACAUCUUUCCAAAAGAAUAAUAAAUCAUCAACAUAAAACAAACAGUACAGUUUCUUUUGCCCCUCCUCUUUGACAAAUACACAUGGAUCAGCUUUCCUUGCUGAAAACCUAGAGAAAACAAUACUUCAGUGAGUUUUGUGUGCCAACACCGUGCACUUUGUUUGAGACCAUAAAGGGAUUUCUUCAGAGCACAAACAAAUCCCUGUUUUACCUGUACGCCAUCAGGUGGAAGCAUAUAAAGUGAUUCAUCUAGAGAUCCGUACAGAAAAGCUGUAUUAAUAUCAUGGUGACUAAUGUGUAGAUUUUCCUCUGCAGCUAGCUUGAGCAUAAGCCUAAUGCUUUCAUAUCUCACUGUGGGUGAAUAGGUCUCGUGAUAGUCUUCACCUGGUACCUGUGCAAAACCUCUGGCUACCAAUCUGGCUUUGUGUCUGACUAUUUUGCCAUUUUGAUCUGUCUUCGCUUUGAAGACCCAUUUGCUUCCAAGCAGUUUCAUUCCUGGAACUACUGGAACUAGCUCCCAUGUUUUGUUCCUUUCUAAGGAAUCAAGCUCAGCCUUCAUGGCAUUUAACCAUGGCUCAGCUUCCUUUGAAUCCAAACCCUGGAUUUCUUGGAAACUUGAAGGUUCAAAUACCUUCUUGGAGCUUUUAACAGCUGUUACUGCUAUCGUAGCAAACUCAUCAGCAAAUCUCUUUGGAGGUUUGCCUUUUGUGGCUCUCUGUGACCUACGAAUUAGCCUUAAGUCUUCAACACUCUCCUCUUCCUUCUUAGGAGAAAAACGACCUAUUGUGAACAAUGGUUCCUCCAAUUCUUGAUCAGAGCUUUCAGAGGGUCGCAUAGAGGCUUUCGCACUCUCGAAAUCCUCUGAAUCACCCGAUUCAGUUUCAGAUUCAGACUCAGAACCUUCAUCAGUGGGUGUGGGUUGUUGUGGUUGCUUUUGACUAUCCUCAGUCUCAUCACCGUUAUCAGGAUAACAUUGGAAAAUUCCCACAUUCUCCCCCCCACUUUGCAUUGUACUCAACACUUCUCGUGAGCUUAAUUGUCUUAGAGUCAGUCAUCAUUAUUCUGUAAGACCCUUUCUGAUAACCUAGAAAGAUACCAUGCAAUCCACGCUUGUCUAACUUGGAGUUUUGUGGUGAGCGAACCCACAUGUCAGAACCAAAAAUCUUCAUGUGUUUGAUGUAUGGCUUCUUGCCAAACAUCUUUUCAUAGGGGGUACACCCAAUCGCUGAAGAUAACCUGCGAUUGUAACUGUAAACAAAACACGAGAGAGAUUCGGCCCAAUAACUCUCUGGAAGAUUGGCAUCAUGCAGCAAGGUUUUUAAACCUUGAAGCAAUGUCUGAUUUGCCCGUUCCGCAAGUCCAUUCUGCCAUGGCGAGCGAGGACUAGACAAAUCGUGUUGAAUUCCUUUCUCAGUCAGAAAAGCUUCAAACUGCUGAGAAGUGAAUUCCCCCCCGCGAUCACUGAAAAGAGUCUUUAUCUUCUUACCAUGCACAUUUUCCAACCAAGCACAGAAUUCCUUGAACCUAGGAAAAGCCUCCGAUUUCUGCUUGAGAUUGUACACAAAAAUAUAUCUAGAAAAUGCAUCAAUGAGAACCAUGAAGUAUCUAUUUCCACCCAAAGAGGGCGCUAGUGGUCCAACCAAAUCAGCAUGAACAACCUGGUAUGGUUCUGUAGCUUUCCUACUAGACACCUUACCUUUCGCAGCCAUUUUCACCUUGUUUGCUGCGCAUGCUUUGCACUUCAUGUGGUACCUGCAGGGUUUAAUAGUCAUACCUUCAACCAAGGCAGGCAUUUUAGAUACUGCCUCAAAAUGCAAAUGACCAAAUUUUCGAUGAAAAUCGUGAAUACAUUCUGCAUGCAAACUUUUGUUAGAACCUGCAAUGCAACAAGUGUCAUCCUGCACCACAUCAUCAUAAUACAAAACAAACAAAUGAUCAACAUAUUCUGCAUGCAAUACAUAAUCAUUUUUCUUUGUGAUGAUGCACUUCUUGUUCUUGAAGGAAACGUCAAUGUUCCGCUCAUUCAGCUGUCCAACGCUGAGCAGAUUAUGUUUGGCGUCUGGCACGUAAAGCACAUUCUGUAUCGAUAAGUCCAAACUGUGAAGAACAACAGUUCCGUAGCCUUUACUGGGAAUAGUGUGGUCAUCCGCCUGGUGAAUCGCACCUUCCUGCGGUGUAAAAGACACAAACAGUCUCUUAUCGUUGCACAUGUGGUGGGUGGCCGCUGAAUCAACAACGAAGAAAGAUCUAGACGUCUUCUGGACCUCUGCAACCUUUGGAGUGAAGCGUGAAACCAUAGCCUUGUGCUGCGUUGUCCUAGACACCGGACCUUUGCCUUUGCCUCGGCCUUUUCCGCGCGAUGAGCUUUCGCUGCGCUGCUCUGUCUUGGCCCUGGGAUGUCUGCAUUCCCUCUUCAUAUGGCCUAGACGUCCACACGAGUAGCAUUUCACUGCCUUCAAAGCUUUGGCGCCAUCUGGUGGUUCCACUGCACUAUGGGAUGACGUCUGUGAAGACUCCCCUUGCCCAUGCAGCUAGCACCCGGCGAUCUGCUUCAUUUAAAAUCACGGCAGUAACAAAGUCCACUGUCAGCUGAGCAGUUGGUUGCACAGCAAUCUGGGUUGCAACAGACUCCCAACCUGAACCCAAAGAUUGUAGUAUCAUGAAAGAAUACACAGCCUCUGGAAAGUUGAGUCCUCUCUGUUGCAGCUCAUGUCUCAGAUUUUUCAUCUCCAUCAGAUGUAAACGCACAUCUCCACCUUCAGCAAGAGCCAUAUUAUGCAGCUUGUUAAAGUAAAACAUAGUGGAUCCAGCUUCUGUCCUUAAGUGAGCCUCUUUCAGAGCGUCCCAAAUUUCUCUGGCUGAGGUCUUAUCACGCAAUAGACAGAGCUCUUCUGGGGAUACUAUCAAUGUAAGAGUUCCCCUUGCUUUGGAAUCCUUAGCUUCCCAUGCAUCUGUAACUGGAACUGGGGGGGUUCCUGUAAUCACCUCAAACAAACCCUCUUUCCGCAGAAUUGCCUCUGCAUACUGAACCCAGUCGCUGUAAUUUUUCUUGUUGAGCUUAGGAAUCCCACAAGCAUCCUGAAGGGCCAUCAUGACUCUGGCAUUAGCCUUCAGCGUCAUAUGCUGCUUUAAAUCUUGCUGCGUCACUGCUGCAGCUGCCUUAUUACAAAGGCACACUUAAAAUUUACUUCGAUUUCCCAGCAUAGUGACUUGUGCCUGGGAGCCUUUUGCCUAUUCCCGGCAAAACCGGCUUUAAAAGUUCAAAGUCCAGCCAUAAAGCCAUUAACUUGAAGCUGGCAGGCUGCCCGGAGCAGUAGCACAUACCUCAUCAAUCACUUCUUCGCGCAGAGCAGAUUCCUUUCCGAUCCGUCCCUCUGCAUUCCGAUCCUUUUGCCGGCACUCCGAUUCGACCUCUGGAGCCCAUAACCACGUGUUGAUUUAAGCAGAGACUGGUGCCCAGCGGAAGGAUGAGGAGUACGUGAUACAUACUCUAUAUUGCUUUAUUUACAGUUCAAAGCUGGUAUAUUACAGAAAGACAUCUUGCCUCUGCAGGAGCAGAAAAAUGCAUCCUCUCUCCUCGACAGCUUGGAGAGAAUCACUCAGUGAAAAACAGGAAACCAGUGUACGUCACAUCCAGUCUCCCUUUCCCGUGAGAAACUCCAACAGUACAGACUGUGGAAUGUAAACACCUGUCUCGUGACAAGCAGAGCUGCACAGUGAAGGAAAGCAGAAACCAACAGGCCACGCAUGCCAUCCAUCUCAUGUCAUCCGAGAACUAGGAUGGGGGUAGUGGCCAGGUGUGAGUGGUCAGCUGGCAAAUCCACCAUUCCAGUUGCACCUCAGCCACAAACCUGUUCAGUCUCUAUUCUCUGAUUGUGUAUAUUCGUUGCCAUUUUUGUUGUCAAAUGCUCAGAUUCUUUUUUUUUUAUGCUGUUUCGAUGCAUUGUGUUAUUGUGCUCAUUCAGCAACAAUGCCCAUGCGCUGCAAUGCAUUAAAAAAUAUCAUGAUUAGGAUUUCUCAAAAAAUGUAGUCAUGGAUGAAGCGGGGGUUGGGGGUAGAAGUCUGUUACCUUCGCAGCUAUCACCGGAAUUGUUAAAACAUAGUGUGUAUUCACAAAGCACCCAAAGAACUGUUCAAUUCCACUUCCUUCAAUUACUGUAUUUUUCGCCCUAUAGGACGCAGUUUUUCCCCUCCAAAAAUGAAGGGGAAAUGUGUGUGCAUCCUAUGGGGCGAAUGCAGGCUUCAGGAAGCUAUCCGCAAGCCUUGGGAGCCCGGCGGGAGUGCCCGCCGGGCUCCCAAGGCUUCGGGCUGCAGCCUGAAGCACGGGGCGUGCUCUGGAGCACACCCCGUGCUUCGGGCAGAUGUCCACAAGCCUUGCGUGCCCGGCGGGAGGUCCCACCGGGUGCGCAAGGCUUCCGCGGCAGCCUGCAGCCCGAAGCAUGGGAGGUCCCGCCGGGCGCGCAAGGCUUGGGGCGGCAGCCUGUUCUGGGGGCUGGGGUCGGGGGAAGCUAGCCCACUGUACAAAGGUACAAUUCACACUUCAUUGCUUUGACCACUUUGUCUGUGGCCUGCCCACCACUGGCAUGUGAUACCCUCUUCCAGUUGCCCAAGUGGGAAUAUGAAAAAUGUCCCCUACGCCUCCUCCAAGUGCUGGACCAUGUUAGUUUUCUGCUAUAUGAUACACUUCAAAGGUAUGGAGGUAACGUCCCUGUUUCUGGUCUUCCCUCUAAUCUGAGCCUAGGGAUACAUUUGAGACCACAAGUAGGCCACAAUAAAAGGACUGCAUGUAUUUUCGUGGCCCUAAUUCUCUGUACCAGUUAUACUGUAUAUCUUAGAACCAGCAUGAAAAUGAGCAAGUCAUACUGAAAAGCCAAAGGUUAUAUAAGUAUUAUAUAGUUGUGGUGUUACGGCUCAUAAAAAGUCAGCUGAUAGGUCACUGAUAUAGUACAGCAGAGGAAGCACAAGGAAAUAGCCAGGAUUAAAAUAAAUGACUCCUUUUAAUACUGGUGUGUCUGGUAGACAUAAAUUAAGAUACAUACUUGCCUGAAAGCACUUGAAAUAUUACUUUCCAUGUUUCAGUGCAAAAUGAUUCUUUUUUCUUUCCUUAAAUUCACAGGACAAUUAGAGUAUGGCUGAAGAGGGACAGUGGUCAGUACUGGCCCAGCAUUUACCACACAAUGUCAUGUAAGUAAGUACAGACACUGCUUUGUUGAUAUCAUUGGUUGAGUGUGUCUCUUGUGCAAAUCUAGGAAGUUGAUGUAUGUUAUGUCCUGCUGUUUUGGGUACUACUGUUAAUGUUUUGUACAGUGGAACCUUAUGUUACGAACGGGAUCCGUUCUGGAGACCCGUCCGUAACACGGAACUGACGCAAGCCAAAGCGCCAUGUCUGUGCACACGCUUGGUGCGAUUUAGCGCUUCUGCGCAUGCGUAAGCGGCAAAACCCAGAAGUAACCCGUUCCGGUACUUCCAGGUUGCUGCGGGAUGCAGCACGAAAACACGUAACCCCAAGCAGACGCAACAUGAGGUAUGACUGUAUAGUGGUUUCAGUGUGUGAUGUUAAAUCUUUUUCUUUAUAAUUAUUAUUGCUACAAUGCAUUUUGUCAUGCUGCAGACUGCUCUGUGAGAAAAAGGGUAGAACAAUAAUAGUAUUUAUCACUAUAGUAGUAGGCAUGAAAGUAGCAGUAGAUGGCUGUUAUUGUCAAUCAGGAUGAAGGCAUUUGUUUUAAUUCUUUGUUGCUUGAUCCUUUUGUGGCUCCUGUCUGUGCUCCUUCUGACUCCUUUAAAGGCUUUUGCUGGUGCUUCCUCAGUAGGCUUGUUUUAGCAGCCUGCCUGUUGAUCCACGAGAUCGUCUUGUGACCCAUGUAGGAACAUUACAGCUGGAGGAAACUGACAAAUGCAAGAACAUCAUUCAUGUUCUGUGAAGUUGCAUGAGAUUAAGUUUUCUGCUUCUGGGAAGUUCAGUUACUUAUCUAGCUCUACCUAUCUAGUAUAUUUUGCAAAUCGGUUUUAACUUUGCUAAUAGAAUGACUUGCUUUGUUUAACCAUUUUUGUUGUUGCUUAAAUGAGCUUCUAGUCAACCCAAAAGAGAAGAGAGGGAAAAAGAAGAAUGCUGCUGUUGUUUUUCCCCACCAAGCUGAUAAUUGAAACCAGAACCUCAUUUUAGCUGGGUCAUCUUAACAUUAAGUCAAACCUAACAAAGGCUUUUGCUUUUAAAUAUGAUUGCCAACGGUAGAGGGAAAACAGCUUGGCUUUCUCUUUUGCCUCUAACAGCAGUUUCAUCCAUUAAAAAAAUCAGCAGAUACUUUUCAUAAUAUGCAGAAAAGCACAAUCACUAAUGUUUUCAGAUUCAACUGCUGUUUAAGCAUAAGAGCAUUAAGGCAGUGCUCUCUAAGAAUCCUAUGGCGAGAUACUAAGGCUGCAAUCUUAUAUACUCUUUCCUUCUGAGUAGACAUGCCUAGGGCUGUGCUUUUGAAACAGAGGGUGUUCUGUGGAAAUUCUUCUGGUUUUCCUUGGAAGAAACAUGGAUGGAUAAGAAUUUCACUGCAAAACAUUGCCUAAUGUUGAUAAUGCUUCGACUGGCAAAAAUAUUUGAUUUAGAUUCAUUCCUAUGUAAAAAUUAUUUUGUAAAUGUGUAUUUCUUUGGGCAGCUCCCUGUUCCACCAUGGCUUAUCAUCAUGACAGCAGGCGGAUAUUUGUGGGUCAAGAUAAUGGAGCCAUUAUGGUCAGUAUCUCAUUUGUAUUCAAUACGCUUUUUAAGUACUGAGUGCUAGAGUCCUGUCUAGUCAAGUUGCAUGGGAUCAAUUCCAAUCUGUUACCUCCGAGGAUGACCCGGGUCAACGUACAGCCCAGACACUCAGGUUCAGCGCUGAGGGCCCUCUGGCGGUUCCCUCACCGUGAGAAGCGAAGUUACAGGGAACUAGGCAGGGGGCCUUCUCAGUAGUGGCACCCACCCUGUGGAAAACCCUUGCAUCAGAUUUCAAGGAAAUAAACAAAUAUAUGACUUUUAGAAUACAUCUGAAGGCAACUCUGUAUUGGGAAAUUUUUUAUGUCUAAUGUUUUACAAUUUUUUACGUAUUUUUACGUAUUGUAAGCUGCCCAGAAUGGCUGGAUAUUCUUUAUACCCAGCAGGGUAUAAGUAAUAAAGUUGUUGUUAGUUAUUGUUAUAUUAUAUUAUUUAUUAUUAUUAUUAUUAUUAAUUAAACCCAUGCUAAAAAUGAGCCUUGCAGUCUUGAAUGCAUGCAUCAGAAUACUGUUCCUGCUGAGCUCUCACCCCCCCAAAUAUAUUAAAUAUAUAUACACUGGGAACAGUUGCUCAUGGCCUUUCCUUUCCCAAGACUCCUAAAGGAGCAGAUUAUGGAGCUCCCAAUUGUACGGAUAGAAAUUCAUGCGCUGGUAGGUUUCAGGCUGAUUUUCAUGGCCUCCAGUUGUGCUUGUUUUCAGUCCACCUAAAGCUGCGAGGGGAAGCGGUAGUGUUAAGCCAUCAGGACCAAACAGUGACUGAUUUAGGUGGUGCAGAGGCUGGUUCAAUUGGUACAGCUGCCAGACUGCUGUGAACACAGGGGUCUCUGUGUUUCCUUAAGAUCCUUCCUGGCCUCCCAGGUAGAGCUGACCUACAUCUUUAGAAAAGCACCUGGAAGGCCCAGGACUUGAGAUAACCAGGCUAGAGGUGGGAGAAUUGUAUUCUCAAGCAGCCUUGUGUCAGAAACACCCUUCUAGGGAACACGCUGAGCAGGAGAAAAGUUUCCAGCUUGCUGUUCCUAAGGGGUAGGUAUCUUCUGUAUAGAUUCUUUAAAAAAAAUAUGCAGUGGAGCCUUCCAAUGAGCACUUCCCUCGCUUACAUUCUGAAAUUGUACAGGCCCAGAAGAUUGUACCACACAUGUAAUUUGUAGAUUGGCAUUUUGCUGUGUUCCAUUCACUUGGGUAUAGAUGCAUGUCCUCUUGGAUGUUUUCUGCAUUUGUUGGCUAUUUGAGUUGUUAAUAUUCUGUUGGGAGCCGCCCAGAGUGGCUGGGGAAACCCAGUCAGAUGGGCAGGGUGUGGGUGUGUGCGUGUAUUAGUAUUAUUGACUCUUAUUUAAAAUAGGGAUAAUGUAGCAGUUUGUAUAGGACCAUAUCCCUUAUUAUUAUUUACUGUUUUCUUAGUGCUGUACAGCACUUCUUACGUUAUCCCUGAGAUCAUUCUUCAAAAUCCUAAUGAAGCUGAAUGGAUGGCAGUUGAAGACCACCUAAACAUUCCUCCAUAUGAAAGCACAGCUUAAAUAGAUGGAAAUCCCUUGCAGCUUUUCUUAUUGUGUCACCUGAGCCUGCCUGAUCUUGAGAGAAGAUUGUGCCUCUUUCUCUUAAUAACAUCUUGGUUGCUUGGUUUCAGGAGUUUCAUAUCUCGGAAGACUUCAAUAAGAUGAACUUUGUCAAGACUUACCCAGGUAAUGAAUCAGCAAAGUGUGCAUUAUCUUUUCCCCCAGAGGGGGGAAAUUUUAGAUCAAUGGCUUGUAAUGUAUGACCUGUCUUAACUUGCAUCAGAUUAUUAUUGUUCCUGUUUUGAGACACAACUGACUACCUAUGUGAGCCGAAAUCAUACAUUCCGUAACUUAAGUAUCGAAAACAAAAUAGAAAAUGGUAAAAUAUAUUUUAAUGAUGGGUAACCAUUAGGUUUCAGAAAGGUUGGAUCCAGACUAUGCAAUAAUCAGGGCAGGUUAGUUGUGACUAAUUUCAGGUCCUUUGAUUUUCAGUGGAACAGAAAAUCAUGAAAGCACGAUUAACUUGGUGUGGGGCUAAGUAGUGGUAAUUACCAAUUUAACUUCUGUCCAUCGCUGGCUUUUCCUUCCAUUUUAUGGGUUCUGAGGCCACUUGUGGGAUGGGCUUGACCUAACAUUCUUUAAGCAACCUGCCAUUCUUUAAGCAACUGUUCUCUGCUGCUCUGUGGAUGAUUCUGAGCUCAGACACCUAAUCACAGAACAUUUACAUGGUGGGACCAUACAGUUUGGUUACAAACAGUGACCAGGCUUCUGACUUCAUCUGAUCUUCCAGCUCCUCUCUUCAGUUCCAGCUAAAUCAGUUGCAGCUUUGCCAGGGGUCAUGGGGGAUCAACGGAUCAGGAAGAAAGUCUGCAUGGAACAGUGUAGGGAGGACAUCUGGGUGCACAUUAUGCUCCAUUCUGGGGAGCAUGUGCACAGGGAAGGGACGGGGGAACAUUUGACGGCUCCAUUUGAAAGCAGCCUUUUUUGAUUGCAAGGCCAUCCCCAUUGAAACAGACCUAUCUUAUGAUGUGUCACUCUUUCUACAAAUGCGAAUGUUGGCUUUGAGAGAGACCUUGUGUUAAAAUGACAACAAAAGAGUCUCUAUGUCACGGCAGAUGACGCUUGUCUAUUCCAAUAUAAUGCUUUUCUCUAUUCCAACUAAUUUCAUAGUGGUUCUCCCCCAAUGCUCCCUCCUUCGAUCACCUGAUCUGAUUCACUGUUUAAUCUCAUUUGCAAUCACAUAUGUGCUUCACCUAAGCUGUUGUUUUGCCAUAAUGGAGACUGACCUUCAUAUAUCCAUGUGAAGGAUGUGACUCACCGCAAGAAGCCUUUAAAUAAAUGAACUCCUGGCAAAUUGGGGCGGCAGAAAAUGCACACUGUUGUUCAAACAAUCAUAGCAAAGUCAAUGCCUUCCCAAAAAACUUAAAUUUGUUUUCCAGGAAGGCCAGCCAUCUUUGGAGUCUUCCAUGUGUACUUCAGAACAAAGUUUGCAUUCAACAGUUUUGUGCCUUGAUUUUUGCUUCUCUCUCCUUCCACCAUAAAUGCCUCAGAAGGCCCACAAAUUAAAUGGGAGCCUGGCUGCAAGUUAUUUUCCUCCCUAUCUUUUGUUGAUAAUACUGGCUGCAUUGCUGUGGGUGCAGUCACUGGUAUUAUGUCUGUCAGCAUUUUUUUUUCCUCCUGAAAAAGCAUGGGGUGCCACAGUAGGUUCUGGGACUGCAGACAAACCUUACGUUCCUCUUCUCGCCCCCUUUCCCUGACAGCCAUCGUAUAAGAUGGAAACAAGGCUUAAAUGUAUGGAUUGAACGAGUCACCUGUAGAGCAAUGCAUCCUGCAAAAAUAUUCUCUUCUUUUGUGUCUCUGCAGCUCAUCAGAACAGAGUAUCUGCGGUCAUCUUCUGCUUGGAAGCCGAGUGGGUUAUCAGCACCGGCCACGAUAAAUGUGUCAGCUGGAUGUGUACCAGAAGUGGAAACAUGCUGGGACGACAUUAUUUCACCUCCUGGGCUUCUUGCCUACAGUAUCUUUCAGAGUAAUUGUAUCAUAGCAGAAGUGGGAGUUUCUGAAGGUUUAUUUAAAGUGUGCCCAAAGCUCAGUCGCUCUACUGCACAAUUCUAUAUUCAUUUUGAAUAGCCUCUGCCAAAAGAGUGGAAGUGUUUUAAGUGACUCUUUCUGCUGUUAGAUUUCAUUAGUGUAAGAGCUUUUAAAGAGUCUACUGUAGCUAACAGGUUGAGGAAGUACUAGUCACUGUUGCCGUAUGUAAUAUUUGUUUGGCAAUUCAGCAGUCUCAGGUUAGGUGCCACAUGUGCUUCAGAAAUCCUCUUCAAGUGUUCUGCAAACACAUGAUGGGUGGGGGUGCUUGAGGACCAGCAUGCCAUAAUAAUAAUAAUAAUAAUAAUAAUAAUAAUAAUAUAUUUAUACCCCGCCCAUCUGGCUGGGUUUCCCCAGCUACUCUGGGUGACUCCCAACAAAAUGUUAAAAAUACAAUAUGCUACCCCUGCUCUGAUCGUCAUCUGUUAGUUGAAGGGCGAAUGCAUUCCUGAGUUCAUUGAGGCUCACCGUGCAUUUUAGAACCCUUAUUUUCUAGGAUUCUAAAAAUGUGCAGGGAGCCUCCAUGAGUACAGGAUUGCAGAACCACUUUGCUUUCAUAUGUAAUGCCUGAAGGAGGCUACAAGCUGCUGGCAGUGCUAGGUGCUGUCUUCAUUCAGUGUUAGAAGUGACAAUCUGUAAUCCGUAAGGUGUUCUCUUUAUAUCCAAAGGGUCACUUUGGUGUUGACGCUUACAGACCAUAGAAUGAAAAAGCAGGGUGUGCACACUUAGGCAUUGGCUGGGAGGUUAAAAAAAUUAUUUCACACCAGUUUAUUGUAUUAGGUGGGUGGACAAGUAGGGAAUAUCUGUCAAUCAUUCUGCCCAGUCACCUUUCUCACCCCUCCAGCCUAUUGCUGAAGACACAACCCUUUCUGGUGGAACAGAGUGUUAUAGCACACAGUUCUGCUAUUUAGUAUAUUUUAGAACUAUGUAUUCAUCUAGGCAUAGCAUGUUGGGAAGGACAUCAAAGACAUGCCGCGAUCAUUGCUAAUCCAAAAUCGGCAGCCCUCUCUUGUGGCACUUUAAAGACUACAUUUUAAAAUAAUAAUGAUUGGAUUUUAUAAGUUUUUAGUGGCAUAAGCUUUUCUGGGCUGCAUUCUUCCCCAGGUUGCAUCUUUAUCACAGUUGUUUUAAAUAUGUUUUUUUAUUGUUUUAUUGCUUGUUUGCCGCCCUGGGCUCUUUUGGGAAGAAGGAUGGGAUAUAAGUUUAAUAAUAAUACAGUUCACUUCAUUGAAUGUCAGCUGUCUACUGCACGAAAACUGGAUGACAUGAUAUGUUAGCCUUCAAGGUGCUACAAGACUCUUAGUUCUGUUUACUGUGGGAGACUAAGACAGCUACUCCCCUGGGAGUUUCCUUUAGGUGUUGAGUUAGUCUAUGAGAGAGCUGUGAUUUUAACCCAGGUCAUAUAGGUUCACUCUGUCCAGUAAAUCAUUCUGACUCUGAACUUUACUGAGAAUCUAGCAUGGUUUUCCCAGAAAGCAUCAUCUUUAUCUUUUGGGGGAGAGAGAAAGUAAAGACUUCCUUUUCCUCAGCAGGGUUUUUCUUCUCCUUAUUGUCACACACUGUUUGCUGGAGUCAUUAAUAGCAGGACAGAUUAUUAUUUCACUACCCUUGUCAAGAGCUUCUGAAAUAUAGCAGCUAAUGAGCCAGUUAGAGACAGUUAAGCAAACAUGAAACGUUGCAGCAUGGGCAGUCAAGAGUAUUGCCUACUCCAUAAAAGCAAACACUGACAAUAUUACACAAGUAAUGGAAUAAUGCUGGUAAUGAGGCUGGCCAACAGGCUGACUCAGUGCAUACAUUGCCAGUCUUCAUUUGUGGCAACUGCUCCCCCUCACCCAACUACCCCCUUUUCGAUAUGUGGUUUGCGAGCCAAGUCUUCAAAGUGUGCUGGCCUUGGUUUUGUUUCGGAUCUGCCCAAUUCAGAAGGAGGCAGCAGUGAAGCGCAGCUCUUCUGUUCCUGCUCAGGAGUGACCCCCGUGCCACAGCUUGGAUUUCCAUGCUUGUAGACCUUGCAGUAAUUUUAUACGUACAGUGGUACCUUGGGUUACAUACGCUUCAGGUUACAUACUCCACUAAGCCAGAAAUAGUGCUUCAGGUUAAGAACUUUGCUUCAGGAUAAGAACAGAAAUCGUGCUCUGGCGGCGCAGCGGCAGCAGGAGGCCCCAUUAUCUAAAGUAGUGCUUCAGGUUAAGAACAGUUUCAGGUUAAGAACGGACCUCCAGAACGAAUUAAGUACUUAACCCGAGGUACCACUGUAGAAAGAUAAAUGGGAACCAGAAGGGAAGAGGAGAAAUGUCUCCACUCCCAUUAAAUUUGGACCAGGCACAGCCAGUGCUGUUUUUCUAGGGGGGCGGGUAGUGCCAGAGCUCACUUUGAACUUCUCCCUUGUUCUCUUAGAAUGGCAGUGGUGCCUACCUGAGAGGUGCCAGAGCUGAGCUCCAGCUGGGAGGAAAAAAGGCCCAGGCACGACAGUUUUGGAAUUGGACUUGCUUUAAGAUUGCGAUAAAGCUCUUAAGUCCGGGAGGAGGGACCUGAGAUUCCUGCAUUGCAGGAAGUUGCUCUAGCCUGCUGCAUAAAGGUCUAAUUGUUUGUCUGCUUGCUUUUCCCUCUGGCCUUACCUGCCACUGGCAGGUGGCCCCCAGAAGGAAUUGUGACCCUACAGGUGACAAGUUUACCCACUCCUGCUCUAAGCAGUCCAGCACAUCCUUGCUUGUAUCUUGGAAUAAACAUGAUGGGCUCAGGCACCACUCAGAGCCCCCCAGGUGGCAAGGUCUCCCUUCUCCCUUUCCACAGGAGAGAACUGUAAGUGAUUCCUCCUCAGCCUCGUGCUGGUUAGACUCUUAUUAUGCCUGUUGUGGUCACACCUGCUCUCUCCUCCUCCACCAACUUGCUCGCAUCACGAAGUCCCUUAAGUCUUUUUACUGACACCGUCCUGCUGUUCCGUCACCUGGGAGACGGAUCUAGCACUCCUCACACCUUCAUGGUGUCAUGCUUGUUUUUCUUACCCAGCUAGUCCAGCUGCCGAUCGCAUGGUCGGCGGUUCGAAUCCCCGUGGCGGGGUGCGCUCCCGCUGCUCGGUCCCAGCGCCUGCCAACCUAGCAGUUCGAAAGCACCCCCGGGUGCAAGUAGAUAAAUAGGGACCGCUUACUAGCGGGAAGGUAAACGGCGUUUCCGUGUGUGCUGUGCUGGCUUGCCAGAGCAGCUUUGUCACGCUGGCCACGUGACCCGGAAGUGUCUGCGGACAGCGCUGGCUCCCGGCCUCUAGAGUGAGAUGAGCGCACAACCCUAGAGUCUGUCAAGACUGGCCCGUAUGGGCAGGGGUACCUUUACCUUUACCUUUUAGUCUAGCUGCAUCUUGGCAGUAGAGCGUUUCCCGUGUUUUAACUCAUACCCCAGAAUGAUCAGACUAAUUACCCCUCUUAAGUUUUAGAACCUUGGGUGACAGCGACAUGGCUUUUAAAAUGGUUGCGGAGGUCAAGAGCCUCGUUUGCUUGAACUAAAAGCAGCAUCUAGUAAGAUCUCUUCUAGUUUAGUGAGAGCCAGUGUGGUGUAGUGGUUAAGAGCGGUAGACUCGUAAUCUGGUGAACCGGGUUCGAUUCCCCGCUCCUCCACAUGCAGCUGCUGGGUGACCUUGGGCUAGUCACACUUCUUUGAAGUCUCUCAGCCUCGCAGAGUGUUUGUUAUGAGGGAGGAAGGGAAAGGAGAUUGUUAGCUGCUUUGAGACUCCUUAGGGCAGUGAUAAAGCGGGAUAUCAAAUCCAAACUCCUCUUCUUCUAGUUUAGGCACACCUUCAACUUCGGUUUUGAUAGCACUUUGGGACAAAUUAGUCUCCUUUUUACAACCAUCAUUUUACGCUCUGCCUCUGUGCUGCUUGAGCAGUUGACACAUGAAAGCUACUCCUUGACUCGGCUGCGCUAAGAUACGACUUUGAAACCCAGCAUGCCUUUGUCGGAGACUAUUCUGGGCAGAUCACGCUCCUGAAACUUGAACAGAGCACGUGCUCGGUUAUCACAACUCUCAAGGGUCAUGAAGGUAAAUAUAUAUAUGUAUGUAUGUAUGUAUGUAUGUAUAUCUUUUUCUAAUUGUUUUUCCUCCUGAAAUGAAAUUAAUUAUAAAUAUAUGUAACUAGACCUUCCCUGAAUUCUUAGGGUGAGUGGCACUAAGUGCCCUCCCUGCUAACCUAUGAAGUGUUCUGAACAGGAAUGUGGUUGCCAGCAAUUGUGCUGCUUUCUCAAAUGACUGGGCAGUAGGCGGUAUUGAGUCUAUGGCCAAGAGGGGUGUCGGAGAGGAUGACCUGUCAUAUUUGUAAGCAGACCCAAACCAACUUCUCUUUACUUUCAAAACUUUCUUCCUAAUGUCUCAACAAAUGAAACUGAUUUGUAAAAAUGUUACAUGGGGAGGGGGGAAUGAGAGAGAGACAUUGCACACACUUUUGUAAAUCAAGAAAAUAUUUAAUAAUAAAAUAAAAAAACUUAGGGUGUAGUAAAGAGUUUUAGGCACCAGAUGGCAGGCUUUCAAGGGUUGACCCUCUGGCAGUUCAUAGAAAGCAAUAGAUAUAAUGUACUGUCCCUGCUGUGUGACCGACACACAUUUGCAUUAAGUGAGAAUGGGAACUGGGGAUUAUUGCUCCUUUUGUUAGUUUUCCUGCCUUCUUCCGUUGCGGAAUCCACGGUGGUGCACACAUGGUUCUCAGGUGGCCUCCCAUCCAUGCUCUCACCGGACUCAGGCCUGCUCAGCUUCAGCAACCUUGUAUGCCUUCAGAUCUGACUGACACAUGAGGACUCAUUGAGGACUUGAACUGUCUAUCAUAGAGACCAUCAAGAACAUUGUUUCCCCCACCCAGCCUAGUCCCUCUCAUUAACCCCCCCCCCCUCCGGCCAGUCUUGUCAUGGCCAUGUGCAGUGACACAUGGCUCGCUGUGACAAGUAUCUCUCCCCACCCUGCUAAGCUGCUAUCCAUCUCCUCAGCCUGUUGUUGCGGGUGAAGGUAGUGGGUGGGAACCGACAGGUUGGAAUGCAAAUUCGGACUUUGGUUCCUAGUUUCAAAAGUUGAGACAACCCUCCCCAAAGGUCUAUUCCUGCACCCUGCUUUGGCACUACAGGGUUCAGAGUGGCUUAUUUAUAGUUCACAUCUACAUCCAGACACUGCCAAACAUCUUAGCGUCAACCCUAAGCCACCACAUGUGCCUUCAGACCAUUAUCUGAAGCAGAGGUCUGUGUGUGUGGUUGGUUAUCUCUUAUUGUGUGCUAACAGUGAUGUAUGGCCCUGCCAGAGCAGAUAAUUAGUUGCACAGCUACACAGACUGAGAAAAAUGAGGACCAACACUGAUUAACUUAUUCAGCUGUGCUCCAGUGAAAAUUGCCCGUUUCUAUGUACCUUUAUAGUAGACUGUGAAUGCCAGACAAUAAGAAUUAUGUGGAAAUGGUCAAUACUGGGGCUCUGCUAUACAAACAAGGACAGCGGGGCAAACUCUAAUCACAGCUGGCUCAGAUAAACAGGCCUGAUAAAGAUGCUGGCUACUGAGAGUCAAUUUCAGAGGUUGUUUGUAUGAAGCAAGCUUGAAAAACUCUACUUUGUUUGAAGGCAUAGUUUGGUAACCCAAGCGUGGACUUGCAGAGGACGUGAUUUCUGGAAAACAUUUUGGGGUCCCGUGAAAUAUUUCUAUAGUCUCUCAUCGUCUUCAUUGCUUGUCAUGAAGACAUUCUCACAUGGCUGGCUUGUGCUGAACUUUUAAACCUGAGUUUAGGUGUGCUUGUCUGCUGUGCUGUUCAAGUCUGCUGCUUUGUGAUUUAUUACAUGGUUUAUGAAGCCAGGAAUGAUUGUCUGAACUAGGCAAAUGUAUCCCUUUGUAAAAGGGAAGAUUUAUACCUACCCUUUGGAAGUGCAGUAUUAUAUUCCAAGCCUGCCACUCCCAUUUACCAGAAGUCUGAAGGUUCUCAAGCUAAUGCACUUAUUCCUUCUCCUCCCUAACCUAGGAAGCAUUGCCUCCCUGUGGUGGGAUCCGAUUCAGCGGCUACUCUUCUCUGGAGCAUCUGAUAACAGCAUAAUCAUGUGGGAUAUUGGAGGAAGGAGAGGUCGGACGCUUCUGCUUCAAGGCCAUCAGUAUGCUAACAUUUUAUUUUCCCAGCUCUUACUGCUGCUGGUUCAGUCCUUGGUUGUAUUAACAUAGGGAUGUACAUUGUACUUUCUUUGAGCACCAUCUGUGCUAUGCCUUUAAAGCAGCAUGAGACCACUUUAAACACUCCUGGCUUUCCCCCAAAGAAUCCUGGGAGCUGUAGUUUGUUCAGCAUGCUAAGCACUGUUAGCAGACCCCCCUACUCCCCUCACAGAGCUAUAGUUCCCAGAGUGGUUUAAUCAAUCAGUCCUCCUUCCCAGGGAACUCUGGGAAUUGUAGUUCUGUGACUACAUACAAAACUGUUGAAAAGCACUACAUACCAAAAUUUUGCAGGGCUGGGGGGCAGUAUCUGGUAUUUGAAAUUAAUAAAUGAAAUUAACAAAAUGGGUAAAAAUUUACUUCUCUGGUCAAAUCAGCUGUCCCUUUGUUUACAAAUGAAGCAGUAAUAUAAACAGGAAGGAGAGCAUGAGAACGUCUGUGGUGAUAAUGGGGGUUUCACUGUAACUUCCAUUAGUAGCAUUGUGCACACCCCUUCUUUCAAAAACAACAAAACUUAAGGCCAUGUGACUCGUGUGGCAUCAGGGAAAGCUUCCUGUCAGCAUGAAUCUUUAAGAAGCCUAAGAUGGAAACAAAAUUUCAAGAGACGGAAAUCGUUUCAACUGCAGCCUGCAGAAACAUGGCUAAGGUUCUGUAUCAGUUUUAAAUACUGAAAUGGAGAAUGCUUUUUGUUUAUUUGCUGUACAGUGACAAAGUUCAGGCCCUUUGCUACCUCCAGCUCACACGACAACUGGUUUCUUGUUCAGCUGAUGGAGGGAUCACAGUCUGGAAUAUGGAUAUUAGCCGAGAAGAGGUAGGAAUUGCCACCAGGCCCAAAGGCUUUAUCUCAUUUCCCUUGAGUGCAGAUAAGAAGCUAAGGUCCCAUAGCCAUGAUGCUCUAGUUCUGCUCAGAUUUCUGCGUUCUCUUCACAGGCCUCCCACUUAUAGGCAGUUAGCUAGGGAAAAUUAUUAUAAUAAUAUUUAUGUAUUUAUACAUACAUACAUACCCCGCCCAUCUGGCUGGGUUUCCCCAGCCACUCUGGGCAGUUCCCAACAGAAUAUUAAAAACAUGAUAAUACAUCAAACAUUAAAAACUUCCCCAAACAGGGCUGCCUUCAGAUGUCUUCUAAAAGUCAGAUAGUUAAAUACUCCCUUCUCACAGUGAGGGAACUGCCAGAAGGCCCUCAGAACUGGACCUUAGUGUCCGGGCUGAAUGAUGGGGGUGGAGACGCUCCAUCAGAUAUACUGGGCCAAGGCUGUUUAGGGCUUUAAAGGUCAGCACCAACACUUUGAAUUGUGCUCAGAAAUGUACUGGGAGCCAAUGUAGGUCUUCCAGGACCAGUGUUAUAUGGUCUCAGCUGCCACUCCCAGUCACCAGUCUAGCUGCCGCGUUCAACAUCACAGUAAUAUGAUCGUUCGAUGGGCACAAGCAUUUCUGCCUGCCAGAUGGAACCAAACUCCCCUCUUCUUCUGCACACUGGUGUGGGGUUUUUCCCAACCCUCUGGAGCAGAUUAGGGGGAGGAGAAGCUGUCUUGCUCUAGCACGAGUAUAUACUGGCCUCCACUAUCAUACUGUGUUAGCUGAAUCCAGCCAUAAGCAGAUUCUACUUGUGGGCAUGUUGUAUUUAUUUAUAGUCAUUCUUACAGGCCUCAGUCACCUACUGAGGAAUCUUGGUUAAAGGGAUUUUGAUACUUAAGGAAUGACCAGACUGCUUGUUUUCGGAUAGUUCUUAAAAAAAGCAAAUAAAUAGGGGAAGGGGGGGGAGCUUUGUUGUUGUCACAUUUUCAAGUUUUUUUUCAGCAGCUACAAAGGCUAAAACCUUCUUAAGCUCAAGGUCAGGUAGUGACAAGCCCACAGGGUGUGCCAAGGUAGCUUUCAGGCAAUAAGUGCAACUUGAAUUGCUCUGCUUCUAUUAGUGUAUGGAAGACUUGCAUUUAGCUGGACCUCCGGUGUCUGCCUAUAGGGAAGCAGGUGGGGGAAAUCUGGUCCUUCCAUGGGUUUCUGAGCCGCCCCAAUAUGGAGUGAGGACAGGAAUAGAAGCUGAUUCAUAUACAGAAGAGAGGUCCAGGCAACAGCUCAGUUAAUUGCUUUAAGUGGCAUCUAUAGUGCUCAGAAACGAGGACAGGACAUGUUUAACGUCAGGUUAUGAGUGAAAAACGGAAGGCAUGAUUAUUUGACUGUGGAAUGCUUCAGUUUUUCCAAUUAUGCGGUAUCUCUUCUUAAUCAUCCAGACACUGAAAACUGGGGAGCUUCGAAGCCUGCAGCAGGCUAAUAAUUCAGAUGUGGCAAAGGGAGGCUUCCUCAUUAGCGUGGUGGAAACGGAAAAUGCCACAGCUAAGGGCAAAGUGGGGGAGGCACACAAAGAUCUGGGAGACAAGGCCCCAUUUCAUUAAUUCCUCAUGGACGCAGCUUGACACUAAAUUGGACUAAUUACAUCUGGAGGGUGGCGGUUUUUACGAGGCAGGCUUGCGUUUUGGGGACUUUCCACAGCUCCUCUCAGUUGAAGGUCUUAAUCGCAUUUCUAGCUUUGUUGCUAGCGCAAAGCAAUAAAUAAACAAAGGUUAAUAAAUAAACACCCUUAUUUCCAGCGACAUUUAUGGGAUUUGGGGGAAGCGGGUUUCUCCCCUUUUGCAACAACAUGUUUAAACGUUUUCUGUUGCCUCUUCUGCUCCAAGGCCCCUCAGUGGUUGGAAAGCGAUUCCUGUCAGAAAUGCGAGCAGCCUUUCUUCUGGAACAUAAAGCAGAUGUGGGACACAAAGACUCUGGGGCUGAGGCAGGUGAGUGUCCUCCCGCCUGCAAAGUAUUUUGGUGCCGGCCAUGUAUGGCAUUGGCAGGAAGGAUUAAUGUUUAGUGCCAUACUUGGAUCAGGCCUAAUUUAAGCACUAGGAGUGCCCCAUCUCCCUUCGAUCUAAUUGAAACGAGAACGGAUGCAAUGUUUGACUUACAAAGUCCUAAAUAGUCUGGACCAGUGUUUUAAGGACCAUUUUCUUCCAUAUCAACUUGGCUAUCAAGCUCUUAAUCUGAGGGUUUUUUUCUUGAGUUGCUCACUGUUUGGAGGCUAGAGAGGCUAGAACUAGAGAGGGAGUCUGUGGUGAAUCUCCCCUCCCCAAAACCACAGUUGGCUGCAGCUAAUAAUUGGAAGCGCUGUGGUAAUUUGGCUUUUUUAUUUUGCUUGGUUUAUAGUUUUCCAUCUUUCUUUUUCCUGCUUUUCAAUUCUCUCACCCAGCAUCACUGUAGGAAAUGUGGCAAGGCAGUCUGUGGAAAAUGCAGCACAAAACGCUCCAGCUAUCCAGUGAUGGGCUUUGAAUUCCAGGUCCGGGUCUGUGACGCCUGUUUUGAUUCCAUCAAAGACGAAGAGUGAGUAUGAUUAGAAAAGACGCCUUUGUUUUCAGUGAUUUUUUUUUUUUUAAUUAACCGAAGGACAUUGUAUACAAUACAAACCAAACCAAAGAAAAUCCCAAAAGGGAAAGGGGGGAAAAAGUAUACACUAAUUAUGAGCCAGAUUAUGUAAAGCUCUACUCAAAUAUUCAUUGCUUUGCUUUCCUAGCUGUCAGCUGAGGCUUAAAAAAAUAGAGAGCGAGAGCUUCAAUAUAGCGGGUGGCGCUGUGGUCUAAACCACUGAGACUCUUGGGCUUGCCGAUCAGAAGGUUGGUGGUUUGAAUUCCCACGACAGGGUGAGCUCCUGUUACUCUCUUCCAGCUCCUGCCAACCUAGCAGUUUGAAAGCACACCAGUGAAAAUAGAUACGUAAAUAGGUACCACUGCGACUGGAAGGUAAAUGGCAUUUCCAUGCACUCUGGUUUCUGUCAUGGUGUUCCGUUGUGCCAGAAGCAGUUUAGUCAUGCUGGCCACAUGACCUGGAAAGCUGUCUGUGGACAAAAGCCGGCUCCCUCAGCCUGAAAGCGAGAUGAAUGCUGCAACCCCAUAGUCGCCUUUGACUGGACUUCACCAUCCAGGGGUCCUUUACCUUUUUAGCUAUAUUCCACAAUUUAUUCAUUAACAAACCAAUGUUAGAUAUUAUAAAUGUACAUAUGACUUCUAACACCAAUGAUCUUUCAUUGUAGUAGUUGUAGUUUGCUUCCAAAUAUUCCACAAACGUUGCAGGUUAGCAAACAAAUCCUCUAUGGCUAGCUAAAAUGCAGCUUUCAGCUUUUAAUUAGAAAUUCAGUGAACCUUACAAGGCUGUUUUAUCCUUUAUCCUGAAGUAGGAACCUCAUCAAAAUAAAGAGCAAGGGAGUCCAGCACCUACCUGAUUCUUCCUCCCCGUUUUCCUUUUUUCUGCAUUUAGUUCUUUCCAGCUUCGGCUAGCAGUUUCAAAUGCUGGAACUGAAGACACUUUCCUCCCCAACCUCCACCAUCCCAACCUUGUUCUGUAAACAGAAAUCCCUGCUUGCUCCUGUUUGUUAGCAUUGGCAAGAGGGUCAUCUUCCUGUCUCCCCACCCCUCUUGAAUAUGAGCUGUUAAUCAAAGUAAAACUUAAAAACAUCCCUGAGUGAGUCAUUUAUCUUAUUAUCACCUGCGUCACUUGCUAGAGCAGGAAAGGCCUGUUGCUAUAAUUAUCCUGCUGUGUGGAGUCUAGUUAAACAUUGGAACUCAUUCUCCCACCCCAAAGGAUCACAAAGCAAAUGAGAGCUGAUACCUCAUCAGUUCAUGUGAAUUCCUAUCGACCACCACUUACUGAUGUUCUGGAAGUAUCCUCUGUAAGAUAUCAGGCCAAUCAAAUAACCUUUUUUGACCUCACUGGGCUCAUGGCACCACAGCUGCCCUCCCCAACCUGUUGAGUUGUCCAAAAUAUUUGGAGGGUUACAGGUUGAGGACUCUUGUGCUACAGCAUUUGCACCAGUCCAUGCCUAACAGCAUAGAGAAUAAAACCAGUCAUUAAAAAAAAAAAUAGGAAGAAACGUGUGGGUUACAAUUACUGAUCUUCUCAUUGUACAGAGGCUUUCACAGAUCAGCAGUGGAUUCAAAGGUCUGAAGGUUUCACUCUUGAAUAUUUAGAGCUUAAUAGGACCUUAAUGAACUGGUCAGUUCUCCAAAUGUCAUUCAUAUGCUGAGGCUGAUCCUGAACUUGACACAUUAACUUUUCAGAAAUCUCAUUUCCCUGAAGUGUCUUUCUGUCUUGAAGCAAUUUCCUGUGCCUGGUUUGAGAAACAUCUAGCAAGUGGCCCUUAUUUAAACUCAUUUUUCUCCCCUCUUCAAGCCGCACUUCUCUGGCAACUUUUCAUGAAGGAAAACAUAACAUUUCCCAUAUGUCCAUGGACAUCUCAAGGGGACUUAUGGUGACAUGUGGAAGCGAUCGUGUAGUGAAGGUAUGAUUCUCUCCCCCCUCCCCAUCUGUCUUUGCCAAGACCUGCAAGUAGCUUACACAGUUUCCAAAAGGUAGUAGAUAUGAAAAUAUUCAGAGGAGCUAAGGGGAAUCCCCAAAUAAACAGCAGAACCUUGAGGUCAACCAAAUGUUUUGGAUAGACUUAAUAGUGUUGUUCUGCAGAGAUACAGGAAGCAGGGUGUUUUGGUCUACUAAAACUGUUGAGCCAUUCUGCCUUUGAUGGGUAGGACAAAGUUAUCUAGUUGCUUUUCAGGAAAUACAGUUGUAUCUUGGAUCUCAAACGCCUUGGCUCCUGAAUGACCGAAACCUGGAAGUGACUGUUCCAGUUUUCAAACGUUCUUUUGGAAGCCGGAUGUCCGACGGGGUUUCUGGGGCUUCCGAUUGGCUGCAGAAGCUUCCUGCAGCCAAUCAGAAGCCAUGCUUUGGUUUCCGAAUGUUUUGGAAGUUGAAUGGAACAGAUUCCGUUCGACUUCCAAGGUACAACUGUACCUCCUUUAGCUCCACACCUUUGAUCUGAGGUUGUUAUUGCCCUGGCUGCCUUUGAACCAUUUUUGUAGGAUUCAUUGAAGUGGAGAAAGUGCCAUCCUUCCCCUUUAGCUCUGUACAGAUGCUUCUGGAUCAAAUCACUGGGUGGGAUCCAACAUUAGUCCUACUCAGUGUAGACCCUUUGAAGUCAGUGGACUUAAAUGGGUCAACUCUGAAUAGUCAGUGUCAGAUAUCAUCUGUUGGAACUGAAGCGGAAGCAGUAAUAUUUCUAGCUAGGAAUCUGCAGUAAAUUAAAAUGGGAGUGACUGUGUUUAAUCAAUGGGGAUCAUGUAACAUUUCUCUGUGUUUUAAGCACCUAAGUAUUGGCUUGUUGCACAUGGCUCAAUAAUGAACACUGUCUCCAGUGACUUCCAACUAGAAAACCUUUGAUAAGUUCACAAGCAGGGCAUGAUGGAAGUAGCUAGCAUCCUGUUACCAUACUACCUUUGUAGUUCUUAGCUGUCGCCAACCAUCAGACACUGGGCAACUUGUCCUCUGUUUUGAUUAAUCUUUAUAAGAAUUUGCUUAAUAAUCUCACAAGCCAAAUUGUUUUCUGAACAAGUGGACUGUUGAAUCUCCAGACGUUUAUUGUUUACUUCCCAUUUCCCCCCCCCAAAGUAUUAGAAAUCCUCCAGCAUUUUAAGAAUUAAUGGUUAUGAAGCAUUUCCCCCCCCUUUUAUAUAAAAAAGUUAUGCCCACAGAAGGAAGAUCUAUGCCCUUGAAGGAUAAAAUGCCCCUUAAGUUCCCAAUUUAGACUACUUUAGCUUUGGAAAGAUUAGAAUCAAAACAACCUUUUCUGUUCCAUCCUUAUUACUUGAUAACCUGAAUUCAGUGUAGAAUAUUUGGUGUGUCAGGUAAUGGUGUGUUUGCAGAACUGAAGUGACCUCCCCAGGUUGCAAGCCUGGGCAGUGUGUAUGGAGAUCCUGGACUGCCCAGACGACAGGACGCCUCUCUUGGCCUUGCUGGUGUUCUCCAAAGGAAAGGAAACCAUUGCAUUUGGCAGCAGCUUGGCUGCAGGAGUUGCCAGAAGGAAGUGUACAAGGCACCAUCCAACCAUCUUAGGGUCUCUACUCCGGAUUUGUGUAGGGUUUACUCCUUAGCCUUUUCUUCUCCUGAAGAUGUCCCGCAAGGCAGUGGGUACUGAUUUUUUCCUUGGGGUUUACUCCUGAAGCCUUUCUCACAAAUGAGUGUAACUGCAAGGUAGCAGAGGUAUCGAAUCAGAGUUUUCCUUCUCCUAAAUGGGCUACCUUCCAAUGUUGAUGAGCCCCAUCUGCUCCUCAUUUCCCUUUACAUCUCAUGCAUUGCAUAGUACAAGUGUCAAGGAAAAAGCUUGUAAUACGCAACAUAGAAUUCAUCUGUGGUAUAAAAUACUACAGUUGUACCUUGGUUCUCGAAUUUAAUCCAUUCCAGGAGUCCAUUCGACUCCUGAAACGGUUUGAAAAACAAGGCGUGGCUUCCUACUGGUUGCAGGAGCGUCCCACAGCCAAUCCGAAGCCGCUUCGGACGUUCAGCUUCCAAAAAACGUUCGCAAACGGGAACAGUCACUUCCAGGUUUGUGACGUUCGGGAACCGAUUUGUUCGACAACUAAGGUGUUCGACUACCAAAGUAUGACUGUAGAGUUAAAUAACCAACCAGCUUAUGCAAAAUAGUGCAAAAUAGUGUCAUUGUUCUUAGAUUCUAUUCAUGUGUUGCCUGCUGAAUUGCCCGCCCCCCCAUUUUGGUCACCUUUAUCUGACAGAAAGGUGGGAUAAAUCACUGGUCUGAAACUGCUGGGUCGCCACCUGUCUUACGAAGGGUCUCAACAGCAGCCCUGCCACCAAUCAUGUUGUUGGCAUCCGUCUGUCUCGGGAGACAAUGAAGGAGUGAGCUUUCGGGGGUGAAGUCAAACCGUUGGAAAGACUGAAACCACUGAACCUCUUGGGCUUGCUGAUCAGAAGGUCGGCGGUUCAAAUCCUUGUCAUGGGGUGACCUCCCGUUGCUCGGUCCCAGCUCCUGCCAACCUAGCAGUUUGAAAGCACGCCAAAAAAAGUGCAAAUAGAUAAAUAGGUACCACUCCGGCGGGAAGGUAAACAUAGCUGUCAACUUUUCCCUUUUAUUGCGAGGAAUCCUAUUUGGAAUAAGGGAAUUUCCCUAUAAAAAAGGGAAACUUGACAGCUAUGAAGGUAAACGGUGUUUCUGUGUGCUGCUCUGGUUUCGGUGUUCUGUUGCGCCAGAAGCGGCUUAGUCAUGCUGGCCACAUGACCCGAAAAAACUGUCAAUACGUGUUUGAACUGCAGGCAGCUCUAGAGUUUGAACAUGUUGGGUCUGCUGCCAUAUGUCACAGAGUCUUACUUUGCUUCUGCAUCUCCUCCUUCAGAUAUGGGACAUGACACCAGUAGUGGGCUGUGGCCUUGCGACCGGCUUCGCUUCCCGCUGACCUGGGCCUGCCGAGUUAAUGUACCCGAAGCACCAAAUGGAUAACACUCCCUUCUGUGAUUCUUGCCACCAAAAUGCCGGCUGCUUGACUCUGUGAACUCUGCUUUUCCCAAGAUGGAGAGCCUUCUUGUGUGUCUGUGUGUGAGAGAGUGGAGCAGAAUUCUUCUGUAAUGCUUACCAGGAACAGCGGAGCCUGCCCAACUACAAGUUCACAGCCUAUGGAAUGAACGCAGAAAAGGCUUUAAGUGCAAAAAAACCAACAACAACUCCUUGCCUAGAGAGACCACUCCUCAUUCGAUUUACUUGUAGUCUUCAAUGUGUGCUUUUUCUCUGCUGAAAUAAUACUGUACAGUGGCAAAGGGUUAAAAUGAGUGUAGUGACAACAGAGUGUGCAAAUAGUUGUAACUUAUUCUCCGUCCUUGUAAACCAUCCCUGUAGGCUAGUUUUAUCUUCUGAACAGCCGCUGUGAAGGCUGCCUCACAAACAUAAGAAUAUAUACCUUUUGACGGAAAGAAAAAAGCACCUCUUCACCUCAAAGCAGCAUUGCAAUAAGGGUGAGAAAAUGGAUAAGAUUUUUUGGGUGGAGAAUUUUCUAUGAAUUCUGUUUAUUCUUUCAAAGUUGUUCAGACUGAGAAUUACGUCAAGUUGUCUUGAGAAUUUUUGUAUCUGGCCAAAAUCAUGACUUUUUUUCUGUAACACUAAAAGCAAGUUGAUGUGUCUUGUUGUAUGCCUUACAUGUAAAUAGAGGCUGUGUGAACUCAACAACCUGCACACUUUGAGUGAACUAGUUGUUGUGUUCUUUCCGCUCCCCAGAUGAUGGCGCUUCCUGCAUUCCCCCCCUUAAAAAGUCAUAAUAAUGGAGAAGUGUGUGUCACUUUGAUCUUACUUUCUUCAGCCAGUGCUGAGCAUGCUUUUGAAAACAUUUCAGCAAUAACUAAUUUUGUUGUGGGGUGGGGGCGCAUAGAUAAGAGCUCCUGCACUUAAAAACGGAUGAGAUGAGUAGCAGCGGAAAGUUGUGAGAUUAAAGAUGCCCGCAAACUUUGAGAAUGAAACCGAUUUGUCACGUUGCGCUACAGCAGUAUAAGGAGAAGGGAAUGAUCCUUUGUAACCUGAGCACCAUUUCAAGUCACCUCUCUGUUCAUUUGCUUCAUUGGCACUGUUGAGUUUAAAUUUUUGGAGUAAAUGUAGCUUUGUGAAAUCGGGCCGGUGCGAUCGCUAGCAUUAAUGGGAUAAAAUCAUUGCCUAAAAGCCUGUGUAAGAUCCACAGCAAGGGUUAGUUCAUGCAGGCUAAUAGAUCUGAACUGCUCGUUUUCCCUCCGAUCAGGUAGCAAUAUCUCUUGUCUCAAUGUAUAGUAUCUCUAGGGGUAUUUUCUGGAAAUGUUGUACUAAAGCGGGGGUGGGGAGAGCUAUUUGGUGUUUGCCAUGAAAAACUUUCAUAAGGCCAGUGUUAAUUGUAUACUGUUUUAUAAGUGUGUAAAUCGCUAAAGAAUCAAGUCUUUUAAGUGUUUUGUGUUAGGGAGAUGCAUAUGAGGACGGGCAGUAUAAUAUUCUGAGGUGAAAUGUUGUGUUUGCUGAUGAUCACACUAGGACUUAGAUCAAUGCUAUGUGCUGCAGUUAUGUGCAAGAUUUGAGUUACUUCAUUAGAAUGAAAACUCAGGAAAAAAAGAUGCAGUUGAUCAUUUUAGGGUCAAGGUGCGGGGAGGAAAAACAUGAAGGCAGCAGUUUUGCCUGCAUCCUAACAUAAAGUUUGAAGAGUAGCACAAUCUUCAUAGAGAACAGUUUUCUCUCUUGAGUUGAUGCGUUCUGGGAAGAAGAUGGCCUCACUGAACCAGUAAACUUGUACUACUCAUUGCCUUAUUGGACUGCAUGAAAAGUGGAACUGCACUUGUAUGGAUUAAACCAGAGUCAGUUCACCUCAGUGCCCAGAGGAAAAGUUUUCUUUAUCUGGAAAUGCACAUCUUGUGUUUUGAAAACUACCCGACUUGAAAGCAUUUGUUAUAUCUCUACCCCACCUCCCCUCAAAAAAUUGCCUUAGAGCAUAUGUUCCCUUUUCCUCUCUUGGAAACCUGGGAUAACUGGCAGCAAGGGAGGGGGGCACCCAUUGUUUCAGCAUUGAUAGUUGACCCUACAGAAUAAAUUCUCCAACUUGAUUGGCUACUUUUUCGGUUAUUAGCUGCAUAGACCACAGAAUAAGACUUUCCAGCUCUUGGCAACUGCACUUAGACUCUUCUGUGAGUAUUUUGCCAAAGGAUGCUGAAUUUGCUCCGUGACUGAAUCAUUUUUAUUUUAUUCUAUAUUUUGGUAAUUUGGAGAAUUUGACAUUAAGGUGUUGUGAGAGAGAUUUUGUUGGGAAAACACAAGUUUGUUUGCAUAAUUCAAAACACGGGAGUUCUCCAAAGUCGUCAAACCCUUCCCUGAAAACUUAGAUUGUGUGUUUCUAUAGAAAACAGUUUUGGGGUGAGCAGAAGGACAAACACAAUGCUGUGCAAUGUAACAAUAACGGUCCCAGUAAUUUUAAAUGUGCAAUUACUUUGACUUGAUUUGACACACUUACCUAGUCCCCCCCCCAAUUAAAGCCUUUCUUUAUGUGGGAGCAACAAGUACUAAUGUAUCUUUUGUCCGAUAGCUGUGUUCUGUGAAAUACUGUAUCCUUUGUUAUCUGAGACUCUGUUAUGGCUGUUCUUCGUUCUCCCUCCUGUCUUUUGGAAGAAAAAAAACUUUGAAUAUUGUACAAUUAAAAAAAAAAGAAUAUUUCCUGAUAGUAUUCCCCUUCGCCUCUCUGUUCUGAUGACCUAUCUUUUGUUUGUGGGGAGAAAUAACUUGCUGUGUGUGUGCUUUACAUAAAAGAUUGUCCAAAUGGAUGAGCAGAGAGAAAUUGCUUGCUUAAAACACUACAGUGGAAGGAGCGGUCCAGGUACGAAUGAAAUGGUUUGGGGGUGAGGAGAGAAUUGAGAAUGUUGAAGAUCCGAAACUUGGUGAACUAUGCUCGCACAGUCUUCGAAUAGAAAGGGGAAGAAGGGUACCUAUUUGAAUUGUUGUAAUAGGUGAUGAAAUCUGGGGUGAGCCUGCUGUAAAAGAGCCUAGGAAAUAAUUUAACGCUGCAAACCUAAACACCAGCGGAGCAUUCAAACCCACUUUGUGUUGGUCCGAGAGGGGUGCUUCUCAGCUGGCCUAUGUCUUUGGCUGCUGUUGUUGGUGUCAUUCCCUGGUGCGUAGCUUCCUCUCCCACCUGCCCAAUGAAGUGCCCCUGGUGAGAUCCCCGACGACAGUCAGUGGAAAGGCACACAUUAUGCAGUGGCAUCAGUUCAGUCACUGUGCCAGCUGCAGCCUGGCAUUGCCUCCCACCCAAGCCAAUACAUCCAGCAGGGGUGUGUUCGUCCCAUCACUCUGUAAAGCCCAACAAGGCUUGAGGGGCAUUUGGGGUUGCUUCCUUUGGGAGUGGUGCCAUAACACUCAGUAGGACCUCAGCACAACCCUGCAGGUAUUUAAUUUG